AUGUCUGCUGAAUAUAAUCGAAAGAAAAAUCGUUUAAAAAAACAAUGGUCAUAUAUCGAUGCAGCACUUAAAAUUGUUCAAUUAACUCAACAAUUUGAAAAAAGAAAAUAUCUUCUAGAAGCUAUUAUGAAAUCUGAUUCGAAUACAUUUGAUAAAUUAUUAACUGGUGAUCCAAUAUUAGUUCAUUGUCCGAUACCAUCUGGUUAUAAUCAUUUUAAUAUUUAUCAAAUAAUUAUUGAACGAUCAACUGAUAUAUUUAUUGAUAAUGUAUUUACGAAAUAUAUUGAUAUCAUUAAUAUAUCAACUGAAGGUGGAAAAAUACUUGUACCAGUAGCAUGUGAAAGAGGUGAUGAAAAUAUUCUUAAAUUAAUUUUAAAAUAUUUUCCUAAUGCACCACUCGAUGGAAAUAGUAAUUCAAAUCAAUCAUUGAAUUAUUUAUUACAUGAUGAACCACGUCAUUUAAUUCAACGUGAAUUAGAAGCAUAUGAAAAUGAAAUACCAUUAGCAUGUAUUAUUCGAAAUGAUCGUUCUGAUCUAUUAAAAAUUUUAUUUCAAUUUAAAUCAUUUACAUUGAAAUAUUUAACUUUACAACAAAAUCAACAAAUAUUUCAACUUUGUUUGUUAGCUGAACAUCGGCAAGUUAGUAUCGAUAAAUACAAUAUAAAAUGGUUUAAAAAUCAAUCAUUACGUCCAUGUGGUUCGAUUGAAUGUCUUCGUUUACUUGUUGAAUAUGCUAAUUUUAAUCCAUUAGAUAUUUUUAAUGAUAAUUAUCAAUUAUCAUAUAUUUCUCCAUUUACGUUUAUUCUUGAAUCAAUUUAUUUGUAUUUAAUACAAUUACAUAAUAAAUUAUUAGUUGAUUUACAAAUUAAAUUUCAUAUACGUUUAUUACAAAGUUUAUAUGAUUUAAUAAAUAAACAAAUGCAAUUAUUUAUUUAUUUAAUAACUCAUUGUUGUUUUCAACCAUCUGAAAGUGAUUUAAUUCGUUUAAAUGAAUGUAUUCAUUAUAUUGAAGAAAUUUUUCAUCAUAGUAAUGAAUAUCGUUUAGUUAAACGAAUAAUGUUUCAUAUAAAGAAUUUAUUAAAUGAAAUUAAUAAGAAAAAUAAUCAAGAAUGUUUAACAUUAAAACAAAUAUGUCGAUUUAAUAUACGUGAUUGUGUACGUGAUAAAAAAUAUGUACUUGUACAAAUUGAAGAAACAUUUUGUAAUUUAAGUUCUACUCAUAGAAAGUAUUUGAAAUUUCUUGUUUAA